CCACAUGCGCUAGAAACGGGAGCUACAAUGGAACAGGUCUAGAUCCAGUGAGACCUGGGGAAGCCCAAUUGUCAAUGUUCAACACAACUUGCAGCUAGCAGGUCUCACAAACACACAACAAAACAAACCAUGAAAAAGCCACAAUGAGCUCACCAUCGACUGCAGAUGGCCCAGCUUCUCCAUCUAGUCGAAGAUUCCCUGGAGUGUCGAAACGCAGCAGGCUGAGAAAUGGGACCUUCAUCAUUCCAGGCACGGGCGAACGUGUACGACGGCAGAUCACUCUGCGGGGCGCGUCGAGCUUCGAUGGCCCAUCUCGAUCCUUUUCUAGCGAUUCCGAAAGUCCGAUUCUGCCACUGAGACGAACAUAUUCGCAAGCGGGCACUUUUCGCACCGCGCUAGACAAUACAUAUGAUGCUUUGAGAGAGAUAUGGGACUGGCUGCGGACUCCUACUGCCAGAGACAUUCUAAAAUGCUCGCUGGCAUACCUGCUGGGUAGCAUGGGAACCUUUCUACCACCUCUUGCCAACUUUUUGGGUCAUCAGGAUGGGAAGCAUAUGGUUGCCACCAUUACUGUCUACUUCCACCCUGCGAGGUCUGCGGGGUCGAUGGAAGAGGCUGCUUUGUUGGGAUUUGGUGCAUUCCUAUAUGCGACCUUCAUUGGGAUCUCGAGUAUGGCCACAUCGACCUUCUUCGAAACACAGCUCCACCUUAUAGAGCUUGGUUAUGCACUAGUUCUGAUUAUAUUCUGCGGCGGGGGCCUAGGAUUUGUUGGUUGGUUCAAGCAAAGAUUUAAUGCUCCACUGGUCAGUGUAGCUUGCAGUUUGGCAUCACUAGCCAUCAUUACGAUUAUUACGAAAGAGAAUGCUGUUCAAGUUGGUGUAUUCGAAAACGACAAGAUUGUGCAGGUGAUGAAGAUGGUUAUAAUAGGUAUUGCAGCUACUUCUGCUGUCAGUUUGCUGGUCUGGCCAGCCUGUGCUCGAACACAGCUUCGAGAGACGAUGAUCAAAACCACGGACUCGUUCGGAGACAUGCUUACGAUGAUUACUCGAAGCUUUUUGAGCGGUUCGGAGACUGAUCUAAGGUCCACCUCCUUCAACAAUGCCCAAAGCAAGUACAGGUCGGUGUUUACACAACUAACAAAGAAUUUGAAAGAGGCGAAGUUUGAGCAUUAUCUACUCGGAAGAGAACAAGAGUACAGAGUCGAGGCAAAUCUUGUACAUUGUAUGCAGAGACUCGCUCAAUCUAUUGGCGGAUUGAGAAGUGCUGCAACAACUCAGUUCUCACUCCUGAGAGAAGGGGCAGCUACCGGCAACGCUACACCUAUGACAGGGUUACGCAUGUUCCCACAACAAGUUCUGCCCACUAAUUCGAUGAGGCAAGACCGGUUCGCGGUCCUCACUGCCAUUGAGGAAGCUUCUGAAGAAGGCAGUGGAGCUGAGGAUCAGCAAGCUGAUCAAGACCUGCCUCGCCCGCCCAAACGCGAGGGAACAGAUAUGAGCCUAGGCAGCACUACUAUGCCGACAGUCAGAACACCGUCCGAAAUAUUUUCACGAUUCAUUAUGCACCUUGGACCGUCCAUGAAGUCAUUGGCGUAUACACUUUCACAGAUUUUGCAGGAGUUGCCGUUUAGCGAAGGUCCGGAUUACGAAAUUAUGAUUAAUGACCAUUUCAAAACAAGUCUCACAGAGGCGUUACAGUUAUAUAGUGAGGCUCGAGCUGAUGCGCUCAAGCAGUUGUACAAAAGCAAAGAGUUAGAUCGAGAAAGACCAGAGAGCAUCGAAGCCGACUUCGAGGAGGUUGCUGCAAGUUGCGGUCAUUUCAGUUUCUCACUUCAGACUUUUGCAAAUGAGAUGCAAAACUUCCUGUCAAUAUUAGAAGAGCUGAAGGAGGCUACCGAGAAUCGAGAUCAACGCUCAUGGUCUUGGCUUCGAUUUUGGCAGAAGUCCAAAGCUCAGAUGACCCAAAGACCAAAUGAUGAUCCGGAGCAAGAAGCUCUGGUGGAUCAGAAUCAAGAAGUAGAGGUGCCGAAAGACCUCCCAGAUCUUGUCUUAGAGAGGCGAGAAAUAAGGAAUUUGCAACAACCAGAUUACGAUCCACUGGACAACCUCUAUCGAAAAGUCUUCAAAGUAAUUCGUUUCCUUGAAAGAGAUGAUCUACGAUUUGCCUGUAAGGUCGGAAUAGGAGCAUCUCUGUAUGCUCUAUUUGCAUUCAUUCCCUGGACUAGACCUUUUUACCAACAUUGGCGAGGAGAGUGGGGUCUAUUGUCCUAUAUGCUUGUUUGUGCCAUGACGAUUGGAGCGUCGAACACUACAGGAUGGUCUCGAUUUAUUGGUACUGUGAUUGGUGCCGUAAUUGCCAUUAUAGUGUGGGCCAUCUGCCAAGGCAAUCCUUUCGCUCUAGCAUUCUGUGGAUGGCUUGUUAGCUUGCCUUGUUUCUACAUCAUCAUUGCGAAGGGAAAUGGUCCUUUUGGUCGUUUCAUCAUGUUGACAUACAAUCUCUCCUGCUUGUAUGCGUACAGUUUGUCUGUCAAGGACAACAGCGAGAAUGAUGACGAUGAAGGUGGAGUUACUCCGAUCAUUGGUGAAAUUGCUUUGCACAGAGUGGUGGCUGUCUUAGCUGGUGUACUAUGGGGUCUCAUCAUCACAAGAGUAAUCUGGCCUAUCUCCGCCAGGCACAAAUUCAAGGACGGUCUAUCUUUGCUCUUGCUUAGAAUGGGGUUGAUAUGGAAAAGAGAUCCUUUGGCUACUCUUCUCGAAGGAGAGUCUCAAAACGAGUACAUGAACUUGAGAGAGGAGUUUGCCUUGCAACGUUACGUCCUCCGCCUCGACAACCUCCGCAGCGCAGCAACCCACGAAUUCGAGCUCCGCGGCCCCUUCCCCGCUAAGCAAUUCGGCCGCAUAAUGGAUUCAACCAACAAAAUGCUCGACUCCUUCCACGCCAUGAACGUGGUCGUACAAAAGAACCUCAAUGCUACUGAAGGCGAAACCGCCCUUCUAAAAUGCACAGCCGAAGAACGCGCCCAACUCUGCGCCCGCAUCAGCCAUCUAUUUCAAGUCCUAGCCAGCUCCCUCAAACUCGAAUACCCCCUCUCCGACACCGUCCCGUCGACCUCUAACCCGCGCGACCGCCUCCUAGCCAAGAUCUUCCAGUACCGGAAAGACGCCGCCGUAGCAGCGGGGCUCGACGACGAUGACGACACGGUGGUCGCCAAAGAUGAAGAUUAUGAGAUGCUUUAUGCGUAUAUCCUCGUCACGGGCCAGUUGUCGGAGGAGAUUGGGAAGGUGGAGAGGAUUGUUGAGGAGUUGUAUGGGGUUAUGGAUGAGGAUAUGUUGAAGUUGCAGUGAAAACGAGGAGGAGGGGGUUGUAGGAUAUGUAUGUUUUGAUGAUGGAUGGAUGGAUGGGAGGGAGGGAAAUUUGUAAUAAAAGCAAGGGAAGGGCUGGCGUGGUUAUGGAUGGGUAUAGGUUUGUAUGGUUACCUAUGAGACAGAGAGGCGUUGCACAAAAAGAAAUAGUGCUCAGGCUUUCAACGAAUCAUGAAGUCAAAAUUUGAUUUACUUGCACAGACUCAGAGAGAAAACAG